GAGUCUCAGUCUGAGCACGUGCCACCUGCUGAUUGUCCAGACAUGGAUGACGUGCACAUCCAGGAUGGACUGGGGAGAGUGAGGAGGACACGAGGACCCACUCGAGCACAGGACGUGUGGAGCCUACGUGAGGAUGAGAAAAUCGUCGUCCAAUGCAAUGAACUGGGGCAGCCUAUCAAGAGGGCUGCAAGCAUUUUAUCGACUUUUCUAGGAUCGGUUGCGCGGAAGGGUCAGUUGUGUCCGCUCAACUAUACGAAAUGGAAUGAAAUGCUUCCUUCGUAUAAGGUUGAGCUUCUUAAAGUUAUUGAGAAAAAGUUUUUGCUUCCUAAAGAGAGUCAUGAUUGGGUGCUGAAGUCCGUCAACCGCAAGUGGAAAGAAUAUAGGGCCAAGUUAAAGACGGACUGGAAGCACGAUGGUAUGACAGAAGAGGAGGUUGCCCGUGUUUGUCCUCCUGAUGUAAUCCCUCAUCAGUGGAGGGAGCUUGUUCACUAUUGGUUUUCGGAAAAAGCUCAGACAUAUUCCAACAUAGGUAGAGCUGCACGAGCCUCUCAGACUGUUCCUCAUACUUCAGGCUCGAUGAGUUAUGCUCGACGUAAAGCUGAAUUCAUGGAUAAUAAUGGGAGGGAGCCUGGUAAGGUGGAGUUUUAUAAGAUGACUUACACCCAUAGAGAUGGCAGUUUUGUUCGGGAGGAGUCAAGAGAUAUAUUUGACAGGGCAACAACUCUUAUUUCAGAGCGCGUCGGAGAGUCAUCAUCAUCCGACGCGACCAGUCAUGUCGAAGCUCAGGUGCUCGCUGAAUUACUGGGCCCAGAGCGUUAUGGUAGAGUGAGGGGUUAUGGCGUUGGAGUUACCCCCACUCAGUUGUCUGCAGUGGGCAUGUAUACAAGAAAUGCUGAAGAAGGCAGUACCAAUGCAGAAGUUAGUAGACUUCGGGCAACAAUUGAAGAUAUGAAGGAUCGCCAUCAGGCAGAGUUGGCAGAGCUGAAGCAGAACCAACAAACUUUGCAGUCUCAGUUUGAGCAUAUUUCAUCUAUGUUACAGCGAUUUCUCCCUCCUCAGGUUCCUGAUACUUCAACAGCUCGCAGAGAUGAUGAUGGGGCUGAAUGCGGUCCCUGAUAUUUUUUAGACUGUUAUUUAAUGAGUUUUAUAUGUAUCUUUCUUAUAUUUUUCAAAAUAUAUUGUAAUUCUAAACUUAUGUAAAUUUAAUCUUAUAUGACAAUAUGAAUGUUUCGAAUGAUCUGUAUGUUUGUCUUGAUGUAAAUGUAAUGCAGGUUCAUAUUUGCUAUAAUAUCUUUUUUAAUA